AGGUGGCCAUGGCAGGGUCCCCGCCGUGUCCCCGUGCCCCCAAUUUGGGCCCCCCCGGGCUGGCCAGCCCCGCUGCUGCUGUCACUCAGGCGCUGGCCCCGCUCCCGGUGAAGAUGGAGGCGCCCGAGCUGCUGCGGGUCUGGGUGCUGGCAGCCCUGGUCCUGGGGGGCACCCGGGCCGCCCUCCCCGACCACCACGUCUCCCUCGAGACCGGAGCCGUCUUCGUGCACGAGCUGGAGCGGGAGCUGUUCCAGGAGGCCUUCCUCGACGAGGCCGAGGAUGAUGAUGAUGCCGCCCCCAUCACCUUCCAUGCCCACCUCCUGGACCACCCCGACCUCCCACGGUGGCUGCGUUUCGCCCAGCGCGGUGCCCACCAGCCCGGCUUCCUCUACGGCAGCCCCACGGCCGCUGAGGUGGGCACGCACAUCAUCGAGGUGCUGGCGUACAACCGGCUCACCUACGAGACGGUGGCACAGCGGCUCGUCCUCGCCGUCGUCCCCGCUCCAGGGGGGGAGCCGCCGUUCCAGAGCGAGUUCCUGGUGGGGAACAGGAACGUGGAGGAGCUGCUGCCGGCCCCUGCGCGGGAGCUUUUUGGGCAGGCGGCGGCUGGUGUCUGGGAGCAGAGCGACCUCAGCAUCAUCAACGUCACCUCCGCCCUGGACCGCGGUGGCCGCGUGCCCCUGCCCAUCGAGGGACGCAAGGAGGGGGUGUACGUGAAGGUGGGCUCCCACCACGCCUUCUCGCCGUGCCUGGCCGCCGCCGCCUCACCGCAGAGCCGCUUCCUCUGCCGCCUGGGCCAGCAGCCCCUCGCCUCCUGCUACGACACCUUCGCCCCCCACUUCGCCAUCCGCUGGUGCAACCUCACCCUGCUGGAGGUCCUGCCCACCCCCACGACGCCGGGGCCGCUGUGGGGUCCCGGGGUGCUGGAGGACGGGGGCGAUUUCCAGCCCCCCACCGAGUCGCCCCCCCAGGACCUCCUGCCCGGUUUCCUGCUGACUUUGCUGGUGCCACUGGCGGUGGCCGCGCUGCUCUGCCUGCUCCUGGGGCACCUCAUGUGCUGCCGCCGGGAGGGAGUGCAAAAACGGGAUUUGGAGACGUCUGACAUCCAGCUGGUGCACCACAGCACCAUCCACGGCGACACGGAGGAGCUGAGGAGCAUGGCCAGCAGCCGGGACGUCCCGCGGCCCCUCUCCACCCUGCCCAUGUUCAACGUGCGCACGGGGCAGCGCAUCAACCCCAUGCCGGGGCGUGGGGACGGGGCGCGCGCCCCCCUCAUCCCGCAGCAGCGGUGA